AUGCGUUUCUCCACCGUAUUUACUCUUCUGGCUGCCUCGCUUGUCAUCGCCGCACCGGCGCCAGCUGACCUGCAAGCCGCUGGUGACAAGGGAGGCAAGAAAGAUGGAGGUGCCAUUGCGACUUGUGAGACGUCAACUGCAGCGGAGCAUGUCAAAUGCAUUGACGCCUGUGGCGGUGGCAAGAGCGUCGCGAGAAGGGAAGAACUGGGUCUGGGAAUCAGGGGAGACAAGGGCAACGGGAAGGACAAGGGGUGUAUCAUGGAUUGCACUUCCAAGGCCGUAGCAGGUUACAUCAGUUGUGCAGGUGCUGGUUCCGGCACUGCACCUGCUAAGCCGAAAUAA